AUGAAUCCUGCUACUUUUCCAAUGGCAGUAGAUGCAGCAGAGAUCACUGAGAGGGAUAAGAAUAGAAGUGAAGAAAGGAAGCAGACGGAGAAAAAAAAAUGGGAAGGAUCAUCAGAAAGUUAUCGAGGAUCAAAAACUACCAAGUUUAAUAAUAGAGCAAUGAAGAGACCGAUAGAAAGAGCCUGUCCCCGGUGUCAAAAGUACCACCGAGGGGAACGUCAAGCAGAAGUCAUAAAGUGUUUUAAUUGUGGUGAGAUUGGGCAUACUUCAAAUUUCUGUCGACAAAACAUAAAAUGUUUUCAUUGUAAUUUGCCAGAUCAUUUCAAAAACAAUUGCCCACAAUUGAAAGCUCCACAGCUUACGAUGGGAAGCAAUACAUCAACUGAUCAUGGGAGACCAAGUGGG